ACCCCACUAGCAUCUGUUCCGUACAAACAACCAGGGCAUGAGUGUCAGCAAGAUGUUGACAGUGUAUACAGAUUACACGAGUAAUGCUUAUUUACCACAAAACACUCUACUUGCUUAGGAUACCCUGAGCAUGAAGUAAGAAUAUGUGAACCAUGAGAUAAGAUCUGCAAUGAAGAUGAAGAUGACGCAGGGGUGUGAGGCAUGAGCGUAACUAUGGUGAUAUGAUUACAUAGAGGAACAGUGUGUAGUGAGCCUGAUUCGAGUGAUCUGUUGAAUUUGUUGGAGUGGUGAGAGGUGCCACUGAUGUUGACUCACGUUGUUACGAGACUGUUUUUCACAUCGUGUUGACAAACAUUUGGGAAUGUCUCUGUGACGUUUGGUUUGUAUAAAUUUUGAUGACAAAGUGAUUAUGACCAGACGGAGAAUUAUGGCGGUUGUCUAUAGGUGUGUAACAUAUGGAUCCUGGUAGUAGAUUUGGAGUGAAACUUAAAACGACAGAAAUGGAGGGUGCGAAAGCGAUAGGGAGGGGUGUGACGUCUCGGACAACAACUACGACAACACGCAGCAUCAGGACGCCAUUGAAGCCGGCAAAUGUAAAAGAUCUAAAGGCGAUGUUUGAUCAUUCAAAAGAAGACAAAGAAACGUCUAAAACUAAGACAGAAACCAAAGUGGUUAAAACAACUAGUACGUCUGCCUCUGGAAUAAGUCCAAGGUCACAUAACAAGGAUGAUUCGGGGGUCAAGGUCGUGUCCUUGACCUCAACAAAAACAGACUUAAAAAGAGAGUAUGGUGGCAGUACUGGGAAUGUUAAUUUGUCAAAGGAAACAUCAUCAAGCAGUUCUGAUCUUCUAGCCAAAUACCGAGCUAACAGGACAGGAUAUUAUAAAGACACACCACGACCAAAUGAAACUCUUGCAGGAACUGUGAGCCAAAGUUCACCAGAUCUGUCAAAGACUGGCAACAAGUCACCCCAGUCCUCCAAAACAAGUGUGUUCUCCUUUAGUGCCAAUGAUAAGCCUAAAGAAUUCAGUGUUCCUAGGUUAAAUCUGGACAGAGUGACCUCUGUAGAAAGUUUCGAUAGUGCAUCAUCGAAAGACGACAGUUCACGAUCUCGAAGCGACUGUGCCAGCCCAGUAAGUACAGGUAGCGGAAGCCCAAAGCUGAUUGGUCGGGCAAAACCAAAAUAUCUACCAAGUCCUCGUUCGGAUACUGCAGAUAGUAGUAUACGAGUUGAAAUUCCAGUUGUCCAUCAUUCCAGUAACGAUGAGACCAAACUCAGUGCAGUCAGUAGUGGAGGGAGGAGUGGGGUGUCGAGAUUUCGGGAUACCACCGACAGAACUGCUGUGUCCAAAACAAGCGGGACAUCUCGGUUCAGUGAUAGUACAGACAAAACAUUUGUGUCGAAAACAUCCCGUUUUGGUGACUCUGGCGAUAGGACAGUUGUUUCGAAAUAUUCUACAGAAGUUAAAGGUCCUCUUGGGACUAGGACCAAAACUGUGGAGAUUACGCAGUCUGAACGGAAGGUGGGAUCGCCAGCAAAGGUUUCAAUAGAUGCACCUAUUCCGUGGUCUGAUAGGAACAAAGGCAAAGUUGGUGGCAUAUUAGAUUCUAAAGAGGAUGUUAAGGUUAAGACGGACUCCUCCAGCAGUUCACAACCGAGCUGGUUAGAAAAGAAAAAUGCGAGGAAUGUUUUGACUUCCUUUGUGUCGUCUGCUCAGUCAAAACAUGACACUAAGACACAGACGAAGAUCGAGCGUGAGAUUCCUAUUCAGAGGAUUGGCGAUUCCAAUAAGAAAACUCCUGCAAGUAAAGAGGCAUGGGUGCCUGCAGUUAAAACAACAACAGAGGUCAAACCUGAAAGGAGGUCGAGACAGGUCGAUGUCAAGGUCACGAAGAAGGAAGAGGCUAAAACAUCAAGAACAGUCACUGUGGCCAAACCUGAAAUUACAAAAAGAACAAGUGAUGUCUCAAAGAGGACAAAUGAUGUUACAAAAAAGAAGGAUUUGUCCAAACCAUGUGAACGCUCGGCUGCCAGUAUUAUUCAGGAGAGAAAGAACAUGCUUACGUCAACCACCACAACCAGGACAUCAUCAGCCAGCAAACCUCCGCCGAGGAAGAUGUCCGGGGGGGAAAAACUGGAGGCAGCUGGUCCGGGAGCGGACAUUAGGAAAAUGGUGUCUCGGAAAAUGAGCACAGAGCGAUUCCAGAGAUUGAAAUUUGAUUUUGAACGUGGUGUUCCCACGGAGAGCUUUGAGAGGCGUGGUUCAGAGAUUGAUCACAUUGAACUUAAACAUCGUGUUUCGGAAAUAGCAUCAAAACCUACAACAACUAAGCUCACAAAAACAGAUUCUUUUAAACGAAAAGAGGAAUCAAUAUUUGCCAGUGGUUUGAAGGUGUCGGAUUUUGUAGAACAAGUAAAUAAUUUGGAGACGAACAAAAAUUGCAAUGCUGGGAGAAAAUGGAAAGCUGGUGUGUCACGACUCAAGCGUUCCUCUCGUAUGAUGGAGGACGGGCAGGAAAAUGAGUACCUUGAGGUCGGAGACAACGAUGGCGAUAUUUCGGAUAGCGGAUCGGAUUAUGGGAUAUAUGAACAUGUUCCAGAAGCUGGUCUUGCAGCCACAGAAGAUGAUGAACAGUUUGACAACAAUGUGGACAUCGCGGGCAAGGGCCGCAGGUAUGGUGUUUACAGCACUUUCGACUUUAUGAAAAGUAUUGCCAGCAAAAUGGCCAAGUUGAAGCAGAAGGGUUUGAAGAAGCCAAGUUUUAAGACCAAGUCCAAGUCGAACUCUCUGGGACGCAGCAAGAAACUGCCGACCUCUGUUCCCAGCAUUCCAGAUCUUACUGCCAGCACUGAGAGGAUCGUCGGGUCAGAGGAAGAAGAUUGGGAGACUGACAGCAACAGCACCACCUAUGAACCAAUCCCUGGCGAGAGUCUGUACGAAGAAGCCGACUUUUUGACAGAAGAAAAAGACUCGAGGAAAAAGCGUGAUGGUCCUUCACAAUCCCUCGGCGACAAAAUCAAGGCCAAGGUCAACAUAUCGGCCCAGGCCACCAGUGUUCUGAACAAAAUUGGAAACAAAUUUGGUAAAAUUGGUAAAACUAAAGGUUCGGAACCGCCAUCAAUCUCAACCGGAACUGAUUCCGAUAUGGAAGCCGUAGAUGAAGCACUUGGUGAUGAACUGGAGAAAGUGUCGUCCCUGUCUCGGAGCUCCAGCGAAAGGAGCAGUGGAAAAAGACAAAAGAAAGAACUUAGCGAGACAGUUUCCUCCAAGUUGUCGGAAGAUGAGGGUCUGUCUUGUCCUACACCUCCCCCGCUCCCACCAAGGUCAUCCCGGGUUCUAAACCAAACAAACAUCGAAAACUCACCACCCCUUCCCCCCCGGAAUCAGUCCGCGUCCGGUCCGACCCUGGACAUGGUCAUUCCUCCACCCGACCGGGCACCGUCGUCGCAUUCCACGGGUGACCUUCGCCGUAAAGGUCAGCUGAGUAUCAGCAAGGACAGUUAUCUCCACGGUCAGCAUCUCAAGUCCGCAUCGCUGGGGGACGUCCCUGCUUCCAUGGACCACACAGAUGGUAAUGGCGAGGAGUUUCCAGAUGGCUACGUGGAUUAUGAUCCAAGCACUGGGCGGACUGGCAAGACGGAAUCUGUCGACAGAAGAGAUUUUGCUAAGUCAUCUGUGAAGAAGAAAAAAGGAUCUUUCUUCAGAAAAACUGCCACAGCUGACGACCGCCCAGCGUCGAGCACGUCAUCGUCUGGAUACAUCUAUCCUGAAACUGACCAAUGGCAUCCAGCCGGUGUGGAUGGACAGUCCCUGUACCAAGAUCUCGAUGAUGAUCAGGUGUACGGCCGACUGGGGCGAGAGAUGAAGAUGAAGACAAGCAAGUUUGUCAACGAGCCUCUCUAUCAGUAUUACACGAAGGAGAACCUCAUUCGAGCUAACCGCAAACUAAAGAUGGAAGAGGCCAUUAGUGAUGAUGAUAGUGUUGUUAAGAGGAAGAGAAAGAAAGAAGGGGGAAUUUACGAGGAUGUGGAGCAGAUGCUGCAAGAUGGGAUUCUGACGGACGAGGACGCCAAGUCCGCGGAGGACAUCUCACCCAGCAAACGCUCCACCAUGUUGGAGGUCCUGGGCCGGACGGGAUCGCUACACAGAGCCCUCUGGUGUGAGAUGCCAGAGGUUGUGGACAAGGGGGUGCUCGACAAGAUGGAACCGCAAGAAAGGAAACUGCAAGAAGCGAUGUUUGAGAUCAUUACAUCGGAGGCGUCGUACAUGAAGAGUCUGAACAUCCUCAUCACGGUGUUCCUGAUAGCGCCGGAGUUCUCUGCCGACCACUCCGACCGCUGUGUCGUCACAAAGAGGGAACGUCAGGUUCUCUUUUCCAACAUCGGUGCUAUUAGAGAUGCUAGUGAAAAAUUCCUUGCUGACCUGGAGGAGAGGUGGCAGUCCAACUGUGUGCUGAGUGACAUCUGUGAUAUCAUCUUCAACCACUCCAUCAAGAACUUCGAGCCCUAUGUACGCUACACCAGUAACCAGCGCUUCCAGGAGCACAUGCUCGACACAUUGAAGAAACGCGUAGAGUAUAUAGAAGCUGUGCGUCGUCUUGAGCGUAAUCCUGAGUGCCAGUCACUGCCGAUGUCGUCAUUCCUGUUGCUGCCGAUGCAGAGAAUCACCAGGCUGCCGCUAUUGGUGGAUGCUAUCUGUCAUCGUUUGGAACCAGGCACCUUGAGACACAAGUCUUCCGCGAGGGCUCUUGAGAAUCUCCACAGGGUGGUGCGGAAGUGCAAUGAUGGAGCGAAGAAGAUGCAGCAGACGGAACAGAUGUGUAUCCUGGCGUCGCAGCUCGACUUCAAGGUCAAGGAAAUCCCGCUUAUCUCAUCAUCGCGAUACAUCGUGAAACAAGGGGAGCUAACUCGGAUCAGCACCGAUGCCAGUAGCCGCAUACCAUUUGGGAAGGCGUUUCGAGGCCCCAGCAAACAGAACACCUUCCUGUUCCUGUUCAACGACAUGGUGAUGGUCACCAAGAAGAAGGGCAACUCCUACUCUGUGACUGAUUAUUGCCAACGUAACUCGCUCCACGUGGAGGCAAUAGACAACGUAGAGAAGUGUCGCCUACUGCCCCAGGGCGUGCCCCAUGGCUGCAAAAACCUCUUCCUCCUCGUCAUGCUGGAGAACUUCGAGAAGAAGCAGGUCGAGAUGGUGCUGUCAUGUGCAUCAGCGAGCGACAGGACUCGAUGGAUUGAUGCCGUGACUCCAGUACAGACGUCAGAAACAGAAAGAAUUUAUGAAGACUGGGACUGUCCCCAGGUGCAGUGUGUCAAGAAGUACGUGGCCCAGGAACCGGACGAGCUGAGUCUGGAGGAGUCUGAUGUGGUCAACGUCUACAAGAAGACUGAGGACCAUUGGUACGAGGGAGAGCGCAUUCGGGAUGGAGAACGAGGCUGGUUCCCGGCAUGCUACACAGAGGAAAUCAUGAACUCGCACGUUCGAUCCCGCAAUCUACGCCUGAGGUACCGGCUGCUGUUGGCGUCACAACAGUACACAGAAACAGCCGCCAAAUAGUGACGGGACUAUCACUGACAAUGCAAAUUAGUAGAGACACGAUUUCAGGAUGCUGCUAAGCAUCCACAUCCGACAUUUCAUGAUUAAGUUACAGAUGCUACAGAUGAGGUCAUGUGCUGCAUGUUUCAUGAUUUCAAGUUUUGCAUCAUAUAUGCAGUGAAGCACAUGAGGACGAUUAUUGCCAAGAGGGGCAUCCUUUAAAUGUCAUGUGAUCAGAAACUGUGUACAAACUAGUCAUGUGACCUGGGACAGUCUUUUGACAUGUCAUGUGAUGUGCUGGUCGCAGUGGUAUCACUGAGGAUUGAGUUGCACACAACUUACAUAUCAAACACACAUGACAAUGUUUUCAUGUUGAUUAUGUGAAAUUAUUUUGUUGAUGUUGAGCAUCAGUGGAUUCAAGCUUCCUGUGGAUGUAACGUUGCUUCUUGAUUGUUUGUUCUCCCAAGAUUCGGCUGGAUCUUGUUCCUAUGUCAAAGUC